AAUUAUUAUUAUUAUUAUUAUUAUUAUUAUUAUUAUUGUUGUUGUUGUUGUUGUUGUCGCUAUCAUUAUUGUGAAAAGCGAGGGUGUCGUUUUCCCGGAGCGUGCGACACAUAGCAGCAGUAGCCACGGCGGCGUUUCCAAGCCGAGUUUAGUAGCACGUUUGAGCUAUGAGCUAUGUUCGGGUAAGCUAACUGCUACAAACAACCACAACACACGUCUGUUGAAGCAACUUCAUUUGUUUACUUACCACAGCGAACGGUGAGUUACCCACUGGUUCAGUUACAUGUUCCAUUUAGUUAACAACACUUUCUCUAGUUUACCAAACACAACACUCACGAGUCGACUGCCGGUCUCCCAGGUCCGUCCGCAAAUGUGUCCGUGUGGAAACGCGAGCCACAUUGGAGCCAGUUCCUUAUUCUGUCCCAGGACAGUACAAUUGAGGUUUGCUAACUUGAUCCCUCGGAGCUGUGUCCUGCUUUUUGCACUUUGUUGCGUCCCGUCCCGUGUGUGGAUCGGGGGUGCAGUACCCCUUUUUCACAGUUGGUGGCAGCGGUGGGAUUGUGGCGCCCUCCAAGAGCAGAAAGAAUAACCCCGGAAGAUGGGAGCAGAUACGUCAGAGGAUGUCCAUCCGACAUCUAACAAGUAAGCCGCAGCGAGCAGAAGGGUCUAGCUGCAGACCCGCAGACCACUCAACGAAACGCCCCUUUACUCAACGAAACGCCCCUUUACUCAACGAAACACCCCCUCACACUCAACGAAACACCCCCUCACACUACCCGACACUCUGAUUGGCUCUCAAGAGACUGCGUCUGAAACGUGAUGACGUUUAGGUUGACCGAGUAUGAAGAGAGAACCCGAAAAAGUAACACGGGAAAAACACGGGAAAAUAACGGAGGAAAAGAGCAACACUACGUUCAGUGAAGGAGCAGACCCUGAGCUGAGAAGAUGCGACUCGGACCCUUAUCAGUGUCCGAUCUGCACAAAAAAGGGGACCUACGCAAAGCUUGUGUCUCAUCUGCAGGGACACCAAAGGUCAAUGGUGGAGUACGGUGGAAAGGGCCCAACAAGCCCAACAGAAGCGACGCGAGGCAUGUUGUCUGUUAACCAGUGUAAUCACAGAGGAUCAGGGCAUGCUGCAACACCUUAGAAACAUCAUCACAGGCAACACGGUGUCUCCUUGGGCCAAGAAACAGGACAGGGUCAUCCUUCUUUUUGAAGAUGAUGAACAAGUGGACAAAGUCAUGCACUUCUUGUCUGAAGUACUCGAACGUACUGAGACAGACAAGAAGUCUGCAGAUCCAGUGGCAUUCGUAAUGGAUGUACUUUUGCCAGAGGCAACAGUAUACGCCCUCGGAGCUGUUCACUCCAUCUCCCUGGACAAAGCCAAGGAGAUGUACAUGCGUGGCACAGAGUUUGACUCAAGCGAGAUAACCCAGCUUGGGGAACAGCUUCAGAGCCACAUUUCCUCAAAAGCGAGGCAGAAACUGGAUAGCUUCCUGAGCAGUUACAAGAAAGCCUUGGAGUGUGAGGAAUUCCUCAGGCGCCUGUAAUCCCUGGGUAGUGAAUGUGUCUGCUGGAUAGUCUGUUGUGUAUAAAAUAAAGAAAAUAUAUCAUUCA